AUGCNGGCCAUCAAUGCUUCUUUGCCUGUUGUUGUUGAAAGACUUGUCCGGAUACUCUCCAUGUCAGCAUCCAGAAUGGUGCCUCUUAGAGCUGUUUUUAAGGUUUGGAAGGAGCUUGGGCUGCCUGAUGAUUUCGAGGACUCUGUUAUAUCUGCUAAUUCUGGUGUUUUUCAGCUGUGUGAUGGGCAUGAACAGAAUACUCAUUUGUUGAAGCUGGUUGAUGGUGUUUCCAGCAAUGGCAUUAGGGCGGCUGUUGAGGAUUGGAGGGUUGUUGAGUGCUGCAAGGAAGACUGCAGUGUUGAUAGGAUGGAAAUGCAGUUUAGUUUCAAACACGGGUAUCCUCCGGGGAUGAGGUUGAGCAAGAAUUUCAAGGCCAAGGUGAAGGAGUGGCAGAGGUUGCCAUAUGUGGGGCCUUAUGAAAUGCCGGGUGAGAAGAAGAAGUCUAAGGCUGGAAUGAUGGCCAUGGAGAAGCGAGCAGUAUCGAUUGUUCACGAGUUCCUGAGUUUGACAGUAGAGAAGAUGGUGGAAGUUGAGAAGAUCAGCCAGUUUAGGAAAUGGUUUGGGAUUGAUUUAAAUAUAAGGGAUCUCUUCUUGGACCACCCAGGGAUCUUCUAUUUGUCAACUAAGGGUAAAAAACAUACUGUUUUCCUGAGGGAAGCUUAUGAACGAGGGUGUUUGAUAGAACCAAAUCCUGUCUAUGAUGCAAGAAGACGGCUACUUGAUCUUGUUGCUUUAGGACGUCGGGGUCUGCCAGCUGUUAAUUCGAAGUUGGAGGAUUCAAGCAGCUGCGGUGAGGCUAGACAAGAGGAAAACCAGCAAAGACAUUAUUUGUCACCAUCUUGAUUAAGCUGUCCAUGCAAGAUUAGCAUUUUGUAAACAGGGAACUAGCUUACGAGAUUACAAAACAUUAAUUUCUGUUCCCACUUUGAGGAUGAACAGGGCCAAUGGUGAAUUCAUUAAAUUAUUUGGUUUCAAUGGUGCCUACAUAGUUUAGGCCCCGAGGAUAGUGGUAGCUGGUUGGAAUGAUUGACUUUUGAUAUUGGCUCAUUUCUAUUUGUGCUCAUCUCUGUGGCUGAAGGUUCAUAUUCUCAUUGAGAUCAAGCGCCUUGGAAACUUUUGGAGAAACAAGCAUCUAAGGAAGAACACGCAAUACCGCUACCAUUCUGGCCCAAUACAGUUCGUUCAUUUAUGUUCUGCUGAUAUAAUUCUUCAAAGUUGAGUUUGUGAAGUUUUUGCAUGUUUGGUGUUAGUAACUUCUUUUAAAUCAAAGUAGCUUUUGGAAUCGGAGAUUAUAGAAUAAUCGAUCUUCCUUCAAGUGAGUUUAAGUCAGAAGUCAGAACUUGUUUUCUAAGUCCCAUUUUUUAAUGAAAGAACAGUCCAGUUUAAGUCGAUGGAAGCUGAAUAAAUAUUGCUGAAAAAGGCUCACCGGGAUGCCUGGCGCAUCUUGAAAUUACAUGCUGCAGUAACCAAUUUAAAUUAGCACAGUUUAAAGACAUCCUAAAUAGGAAAAUAUCCUCAAAGUGUCUAUUGUUGAAGCAAAUACGGUACUAACGUUAUCAAUCUAUAUAAUUUCUGCUUACUUGAUUAUA